UAAUGAGAGUUGAGUCAGUGUGCGUGCGGAAGGCGCAGGCAUUAGUCGCAGGAGCGCCGGUGCUGCCGCCACAGGCGGAGCGGAUUCGGCCGUAGUAAGAGGCCAUUUUGAGAGUGAAGCUAGUGGAGAGUGAACGUACGGGAUCAAUGGCGCGGAGGCAGUGCUGUUCGCGGCGGAGCAGCGUGCCGCCCCCGCCGCCUCCGCCGCCGCCCCCGCUGCUGGCGCCCGCCGAGGCGCUGCGCAGGGCCAAGGCGAUGGCAUGCUGCGGCCUGCGGGGUGGCUGCUGCGGAGGCGCGCCGCCCCCAAGAGCCGCCGCCUCCGGGGCCACCCCCGACUCGCUGCUGGACAUUUGUGCGCGGCUGGUGGCCGAGAAGGUGGCCUUCCAGCGGAUCGAACAGCGCUACCAGCGCAUCCCCGAGCCGGUGCAGCGACGCAUCAUCUUCUGGUCCUUCCCAAGGGACGAGGGUGACAUUUGCAUGUACUCGUCGCUAGCGCAGGUGCACACCGCCCCCGCCGACAGCCACAACCAGGCCUUCUACAAGGGCCUCAAGCUGCUGGAGGCCGGAUGCGUUACCAACGUCCUCCAAGUCGGCUUCCACCUGAGCGGCGAGGUGCACUCUGCGAAGCCAGUUGUUGGCUUAGGCCAGACGCUUCCUGCCGCCGCCACCGCCGAGCAGGAUAGAAUUUUCAAAGUGUCCGUCUCCUUUGACAGGUGCAAGAUCACUGCUGUGACAUGCAGCUGCGACACGAGGGACAUUUUCUGGUGCCAACACGUGGUCGCACUCUCCCUCUACCGAAUCCGCAGUGCCGAUGUCGUACGCCUCAGGGUGCCCAUAUCAGAAACAUUGCUGCAAAUGGACAGACAGCAACUGCAAAAAUUCGUGCAAUAUUUAAUCUCGGAACAUCACACCGAAGUGCUUCCCACAGCCCAGAGGCUGGCCGAUGAAAUCCUCCAGCAGAGGUCUGAAAUCAACCGCAUUCCAGGCGCACCUGAUCCGACUGCCGGGGCCAGCGCUGACGAUGAACAUUCGUGGCACCUGGACGAGGAACAGGUCUGCGAACAGGUCAGGUCCUACCUUUCCCAGGGCCAGUACUAUAAUGCCAACAAGCAGCUCAACUCGCUAUUUGAGAAGGUACGGGAAAUGCUCCGUGCGGGUGACUCAAACGGCGCGAGGAUGCUGACUCUCAUUACGGAACAGUUCCUCGCAGACCCCAGGCUGCCCAUGUGGAGGACGCAGAGCUCGUCCAUGAGCGACAAGUGUCGGCAGCUGUGGGAUCAGCUGGGCACACUCUGGGUCUGCAUCAUGCUUAACCCGCACGCUACUCAGCAGGAAAAGCAGCAGUGGCGUGACAUGCUGGCAAAGUGGGCUCAAAUGGAAGCGUGCCCUCGCGAGGACCACGACUUCCGCGCUGUGCCGCCUACCUCUGCCACCUCAGGGCUCCACGCCGCUCCAGAGCCGAUACCCUCGCGCAGGCAUUCCGACGACGACAGCAGCUCUGACGACGACGACGCACCUGUCUACCAUCCCCUUCCGCGCGUCAGACAGCACAACCCUCGAUGCAAUUACUUCAGUAAAACUUCCCAAUCGGUGCCCAGAACCAUUUUCCAGAGAGCGAUUGAUGCAGUAAGCCUUUCUUGGGACAACAUUCACCUGAAACAUCUUUUAUCAAGUGACAACUAUUGCAGUCUUGUACCAGACAGUGCUGUCCACUCUGGCAUAUUCAACGCACAAGGACAGCCCCUGUGGCAAGAGGCUCUAUCCGUGUCCUCUUCACGCGUUGACGCACUCCGUUCGCACGGCCACCUGGACGCGGCUCUGCGCCUGGCGGUGGCGGUUGUGCGUACCAUGAAGCAGCAGCAAUUGCUGGCGCAGCGCAAGUGGCACGACCUGCACAACCAGGGACCAAGCACCUCGACAGCCGCCACAUACCACUCGUCACCACACAGCCGCUACCACCACUACACACGCGGCACCGGCAUGUGCAGCGGUGGUGCUAGCACUAGCAAUAAUCUCCACGCCAGCAGUGGCUGUGAUCUCUGGCAGGGCUACUCGCUUGACCCAGUCAUAACCCUGUUUGAGACCUUGGCCGAAGCUUCUCUGCCCCCAGGAGCACCUACCAGGGCGACUAUCUUCUGCGACCUAACCUUUGAGGAAGAGGUGACCAGUACAAGUUCUGCUCUGAGAUACAUGCAUGUGCCCGUGGUUGGUUCGCGGGAUGGUUCAGAGACCUACCUUAGCCUUGCGGUGGAAGUAGCUCUCAUCGGCCUAGGACAGCAGAGAUUGAUGCCAAGCGGUCCAUACGCACAGGAGAAAGUUUGCAAACAAGAGGAGCGACUGAUUGGUCGUUUGCAGCAGAUAGAGCUGGAUCGCGCGCUGGUGGCUGUACUCAGAAGACAGGCUAUUGUCUUGCUGGAAGCCGGACCUGCCUCUGGACUCGGACUAGGCAUUCCACCUGAAUCUGUGCCCAUGCACACCUUUGCCCGGUUUUUAUUUCUCGCUCUGCUCAGCUACUACCCUGACCUAGCAUAUGAAGUCGGCCUUCGCGCUAUGAGACUGCCAAUAUUGGAAGAAAAUGGCGGCGGUCGUGGUGACGAAGGAUCUGGCACUGUGUCCUCUCUGUCACUAAGAUACCCACGAUGGUUCACCUUGGGACAUAUAGAAACGCAGCAGUGCGCCCUAGCUUCCACCAUGCUUUCUGCCGCCAAAGGCGAAGGAUUGCGUCUGCGCACUGUGCUCGAGUCUUCUCAGCGGCACAUCCACAGCUCGUCACAUUUGUUUUCCCUGGCGCAAGAUGUGUUCAGAGUGGCCACCCCUGAAGGGGGUCCCCGGCACAACACUCUGCUAAACGUCGCAUUUGAGCUUGGGCUGCAGGUGAUGCGGAUGACACUUUCCUCAAUGAACUGGCGCCGACGGGAAAUGGUGCGGUGGCUUGUGACUUGUGCCACAGAGGUUGGCCUCGAAGCCCUCGUCUCGAUCAUUAGUAACUGGUACCAGCUGUUCACGCCCACUGAGGCCACAGGUGCGGUGGCGACAACCAUCAUGUCUCACAACACGAUGGUACGGUUAAGCCUUAACUUUGCUCAACGGGACGAGCUGUCCGCAUGCGCCCGGACUCUUGCCUUGCAGUGUGCCACCAAAGAUCCUCAGAAUUGUGCCUUGAAUGCUCUGACGCUGUGCGAAAGCGACGGCCGCUCUUUUGAAGCUGCUUACCAGAUCGUUAUUGACGCGGCAGCGAGUAUCAUGACCUCGUCGCAGCUUUUCACCAUCGCACGCUACAUGGAGCACAGGGCGUAUCCUCAGCGUGCCUACAAGCUUGCUAUUCUAGCCAUGAAGAACGUCAGACUUGGUUACAAUAUGGACUCGCAUCCAGCAAUCAACGACAUUCACUGGGCGUGCGCGCUGAGCCACUCGCUGGGCAAAACCGAGCUGACCAACAUGAUCCCGCUGCUAGUCAAGAACGUGUUGUGCGCCACUGUGCUGUCAGACAUUCUACGUCGGUGCUCGAUGACGGCGCCAGGCAGUGUAUCGACCUGCUCGCCAGAGCUGGGCCUGCUCAGCACGCACCCGCCGCCGCCACACCACCACCUGAGCAGCAAGCGGCGCUGCCUUAAGCCGCUGAGCUACGAGCGGCCGCCGCUCAAGCAGCUGCUCGACGCCGCCAUCUCUGCGUUCAUCAACACGACGCACUCGCGGCUGACGCACAUCAGCCCUCGCCACUAUGGCGACUUCAUCGAGUUUCUCGGUAAGGCACGCGAGACCUUCUUCCUUGCGCACGACGGACACGCGCAGUUCGCGCAGCUGCUCGAGAACAUGAAGGUUGCCUACAAGGGCAAAAAGAAGCUGAUGUACUUGGUCAAAGAGCGCUUUGGCUGAACUUGUCCCCCCCCCCCCCAUUGAAAUUAGGUCUGCGCGUUUCAGAGACUGCUUUUCAGAAAAAUCGUUUUUCCUUAUUGAUUCGCAAUGGCUAUUUUUGAUUUGCCUCGCAAACAGCUGACCUCUUUGGCUUCCAUUCUAUUUUUGGGUGAUAAGAAACGGACGCGCUGGAUCUCCCUCUUUGCAAUAUGUAUUUUCGCCCUCGAGAUGCCGCCUGUCGCCACCAGUUCUUUCCAAAUAUUUUAAACACAAAUACCUUUAUUAUAGCUUCUACCUCCUAUGAUGAUUUGCGUAUGAUAUUAAAUAACUUUAUUCUCUGGCAACUGCCAUCAAUUUUUUUUAUUAUUAUUUUUAUGUGCACAUCCUAACCCCUGUAACUUGGUUUCACUUUAAAAAAUAAUAAAAUGCAGGAAAUUAUCUUUCUUCCUAUCCUGCUGAAUUUAAUCAUUUUUUUAUUUGGCAAUGAUUGAUUUACUGUAUGGAAAGAGCGGCUGCGACUUUGUGCAUGUCAUGCUGGAGGUGCGUCGAAGAGACUUCAAGCAUAGCCAAAAUGUUUCACCACAAUGCAACCUGUAAAUGUAAAUUGAAAGAAAAUCUCAGGAUGUAGAUAGGCUACAAUAAUUGUUGAUCUCCGAUAUCUAUUUACACAUUCAUAUUUAUAUUGAUUGUAAUAAUAUUCCGUUCUCAUUAGUUAUAAGAAGCUGUUGCCUUUUUUUAGCAAUGAUGGCAAAUGUGUUUCAAUUAUUAUAAGAUUUUAAGUUAUUUAAUUUUCCAUUGAACCAACUACACAUUGUGCAUAUUUUCGUUGAGCUCAAAGUUGGUUUAAAGUUGCCAUCAUUGCCACUGAUAUGUAUGUGUUAAUAAUUUAUUUGUGUAAGUUGGCUGAGUUUCUAAGCUUUGAUCUUUGACUCUUCUUUCACCGAUACUAUCUGGAGAUAACUUCUACGAUUCAAGUGAAGUGGCAGCUGGUUAAUCAAUUAUUCUUCUUGUCUUCUGUCAACAUAUCACUCGCGUCUUUCUUUGAUUGGCCGCCAAUAUGUAUUAUAAAUUAUUAUCAAUUUUCUUAAAGACAUCAUUUGAUUUUUAGGCGAGACCACCAGGUCUGUAAAAUAAAUGUUGGGUUUAUUUUUGAUCGAACUUCGGCACGCCGAAUCAAAUUCGAUAGCACAAAUUAAUAAUAGAGAAACCUGAGGUCAACAAACUUUAAUGCAUGCAAUUUGGCGAAGGUUUCAAAACGAACGCAAAAUAAUCUACUGUCCAUUAAAAAUAGCAUUUAUGCUAGUUGGAGGUACCUUUUCAGGGCACCUUCGCCUGACAAAACGCUGUAUAUUGUGUAUAUUAUAAAGUGAGAUGCAAUUUGUGAAAAACCCAAAACGGCUUCCUUGAUUUGGCCGGAAUAAGUAACCUAAUGAAAUUUACAAGAUAACUCAAAGGAAAGUUUGCAAUGCGGUGUUGUGAUAAAACUUUUGUAUUUUUAGUGUGUAGCGCUGACCAGCGCCCUGUUGUUUGUGUAUGCUCUGAUGAAUACAAAAAUACUCGAGUAUUUUGAGUGCAGAUCGACACGCAAUGAAUAUUUUCAAUUUGGUUUCUCUUUUUUAUCUUGUAGAAUAAAGUGAAACUUUUCAAACAAAUAAUAA